GGCUGAUAUUCGCCUUUGAAUUUCCUCGGUGGUGGAUAUGCUCAUGCACAGCUGCACGAUCGCUCGCACGGCGAGACUGGCGCUGUGCAUGCACUGCCUCUCAGCCAAAUGGCCGGUUACUAACCUUUAUCUCGCACACGAGGAAAGGCAGCGCUUGCGUGUGAGAGGAACAGCGUGGGGAAACAUGAUAAGGUUCAUUACAUAAUUAGCUAUCGCAAUGAUGGAGCACUACAUGGAUAGAUAUCCCGCUCCGGGACUGUCUCGUCUCGGACAUAUCCAUCAAACUUUAUGGUUGACUUUACCGUUGCUUUCAGUACACGCAAGCCUGACUCGCAAGCGAAAGUAGCAGCUCUAUCAAGCACCCCAUUCUGAUCGACUUUCAAUCUUACCCUUCGCCCAUUUCUACGCAUAUUAUGACGACGUCCACUCCCACUGGAGACACUGAAUCCAUUACCACGGACGGUGUGACGACGCCAUCAACCGAUGAAUCUGGAGAUGAGACGUCAAUCAGGGAAUGGUCUGAACUCUCUACAGCCCUUCAAAGCGGGAAAAUGCAUAACCCGACGACGGACGAUAUUCUUGUUAUCGUUGAUAAGACUUACAACCGAGUCUUAGCAUGGCGUCCCGGGAAUCGCAUCGUGCUCGUUGACAUCCCUAAACGCCAUCCAGGUCAGAGCAUCCCAGCACGGUGCAAGUGGCGCUUCACCGAGAGUAGCGACGGCUUCAAUGGGUUCUGCAACCUCGCAGAAUGUCGAUAUCUCGGACACAAUCUUUGGUGGGAGUUCAUGGCUCAAGCUUUCGCCCAGAAUGGAUGGGAACAUUUCAAGUUGAUGAAUCGCGGUGACGGGUAUACGAUUCAGGUCCCUUACUGGUUUUCUCUUCGGUCAUUAUCGGCGCGCUCAGACGGUACUGGUAUCGAUAUUGGGCGUCCAAACGGUACUUUGUGGGAGUUCAUCAGAGUCAGCGAGUGGUGACUUUCCUUUUUGAAAGGGUGUAGAAAUAAUUCGAAAUAUUGCAGAACAAAUUCAGCAAUGGAACCAUAGCAGAGCUAUUCGCAAUGGACGUGAAAGCCGAAGCACUCUUCCCACCACAACGAGGUGGGAUAGAGAUCCCCCUGACCCAAGUCUGGCAAUCGCUAUCUUCUGAUUUGGCAAAAUCAUUUGAAGUUGGCUACACGGAGCUCAGGACCAAAGACCGCAUGUACUGCUAUGAUCAAUCCCGGUCGAUCUUCACUCCGAGCACGUGCAUCUCGGACGGACAAGUUGCUUGCCCGAAGAGUUGUAGAACGACACGCGUAAUCUGUACGUCACGUUCUCAUACUGGCGAUUGUAUAGCGAAUGAUGCAUUACAACGACUUAUUGGUACUCCCACCUCAGAACAAUGGCAG